AUGACAUCACAAAAUAUUGAUAAUCUGCCACACAAAGCACAGCAGAAACUCUACCGCAACCGCUGCUCAACAGGAGCACUACGAGGGCCGAUGCCCACGCAUCCUUCAGAGCCAGCUGCGGCGGGAGCGACUCCCGCGCCGGCGGCGGGGGCGGCGGCGGCGGGAGCGGCGGGCACAGGCACGUCGUCGGGCGGGGGCGGCGAGGGCGACAGCGAGCGCUCGGGCGAGGGCGGGCCACUGGCGGAGGGCGUGCGCCCGCCCACCGACACGGAGGAGGUGGCGGCCGGCUGCGGCGGCGUCGACCACGGCUGCUGCAGCGGCGGGAGGGCAAGAUGCCCCAUGGCGGCCGCGCACCGCACUGAACGCCGAGCGGGCUUGGCCGCCGAGCGAGCGCGCCGCGCCGUGCGGCUCGCCUCCCCCUUCUCCCCGCCCCGCUCCGCCGCCGCCGCCACCGCCACCUCCGCCCAGCUGGCUCGCUGCGCCGCCGCCCCGCGCUCAUCGAUCGACGCGGCGGCGGCGGCACCGUCGCUGCCGCCGCGGGCACGCGCCCGCCCGCACACGCUCUCGUCUACCAGCGCCGCGCCGCUGCGUGGCCCCCGACGCCCACGCACCAGCCACGCACACCCCGGUGGGUCCCUGGCGGCGGACCCGGACAAACAAGGAAGCUACCCAAAGCAGGCGGAGAUCAACACUGCUCUCACGCUUUCAGAACAGGGGUAG